CCUUGCAUUCCCGCGAAGCCGUUCGCACUUAAUCUCAUCCGGCAAGAGCCGGCUCUUACGCUGUGUAAGACUGUUGUAGCGCUAAGAAGAUAUACGAUAUGCAUAGUACCACGCAACUCACCACAGCCAGGCAGGUCAAAGCAAUUGUGCUCAUCACCCCUUGCGCAUCAUCCCUUGGUUACGUCCACGCCCUCUAUCGGUGACACGUCUGACAACUGACCAUCACUCAGUCAUGUUUAAGCCAGCCGGCAGCGUGGCGGACAGUACCUCGGACCUCUGCGACCUCAGCGACGCCGACACGGACACACCUCUUCUUCACGACCAACCCAUCACGCCACUCACACCACACUUCCACCCCCACCCGUUCCGCGACGCCCCCCUCAUCACAGUCACCGACACGUCGACGACCUACGCGGAUGCGCCGAGCAAGCGCUUUCCAAAGUCUAACAAACGCCUCAUACUCCCCCUGCCACGCAAAGCGCCUUCUCGCGGAGCCUGGCGGCGUGCGCGGCGACACAACAGAGUGAUGCGCGAAGUCAUCCGCCUUCGGAACGCGCGCUUUGAGUCGUGGGCGACCAUGGGUAUCCGUCUGAUGGCGCGCGACGCAGCGCUGGUGGAUGAGCUCCGCACCUCGGUGCAGAAAAUGGAACGGAUUGCAGCUGAGCGUGGGGUACUGGAUUCACACAGCAUGACCAGGAUAGGGUCAUGACAUUGGUUUGGAAUGAAUCAGUUCACAUUUCAAUGA